UACUUAUUUAUGGGCAACAAUAAUUUAAUCUAGCUUCCAUCCUGACACACAUACAAUAAAUUAAGUAAAUAAAUUAGAAUUAAAAUAACACAUAUCUGUCUGUGGUGACCUACAAAUGGUUUGUGAAAAAAAAGUGGUGAAGAAAGGAAAAAGAAAAAAAAAGUUUUUGAAUGGUAAUAAACGCGGGGGGGAACUACGCAUCCCAUGCUGCUUAGCGCAAAGCCGGAAACACGUCAUCACGUCCCUGGAACCUUCAGCUGUCAGACUUUGGCCACCCUAAAAGUGCAGGUUUUGUUAGCAAACUAACCCGAACUGUCCGACCCGCGCCGACUUUAUUUAAAGUUGUGCAUUCGUCCAAUAAUCGAUCUUUGAACGUGCGAGCUGCUGAUCGACUCGCUGAGAUUGCACGGGGACAAAUAAUUAGCUUUAAUCGCUGCUAGUUUUUUUUUUUUUUUUUUUUUUUGCAGAAGCCAGCGAUCCUGAGCGGGUGUAAGGCUAGAUGCAGGGAGGGAGGGAGUAAAAAAAGGCAAAAGUCUUUGUGCUUCCCUUCCCCCUCAUCAAAGCAAAGGGGAAAUGUCUCUGUCUAAAGGAGGGAAGAAGAAGAACCCUGGGCUGAAGCUGGCCAAAGAAGUGUUUACGCAGCCCACACCAGCAGCAGCAGCGCCCCCUCGAGAUCUCGACUCGAAAGCUUGUGUCACAAUCGGAGAUCAGAACUUCGUGGUGAAGGCAGAUGACUUGGAGCUUAUUGCCGAGCUCGGGCGGGGAGCGUAUGGGGUGGUGGAAAAGAUGAAACAUGUGCCCAGUGGUGUUAUCAUGGCUGUCAAGAGGAUUCGUGCCACCGUCAACACUCUGGAGCAGAAGAGGCUCCUGAUGGACCUGGACAUCUCCAUGAGGACAGUGGACUGCUUCUUCACUGUGACCUUCUAUGGCGCCCUCUUCAGAGAGGGGGAUGUUUGGAUCUGUAUGGAGCUGAUGGACACGUCUCUGGAUAAGUUUUAUAAGAAGGUUAUUGAAAAAGGCAAAACCAUCCCGGAGGACAUCUUGGGGAAGAUCACAGUAGCAAUCGUCAAGGCAUUAGAGCAUCUGCACAGUAACCUGUCAGUGAUACACAGAGAUGUGAAACCCUCCAAUGUUCUGAUCAACACCGAGGGCCAAGUGAAAAUGUGCGACUUCGGCAUCAGUGGCCACCUGGUGGACUCCGUGGCCAAAACAAUGGAUGCAGGCUGCAAGCCAUACAUGGCGCCUGAGCGGAUCAACCCUGACCUCAACCAGAAAGGCUACAGUGUCAAAUCAGACAUAUGGAGUCUGGGUAUCACGAUGAUUGAGCUGGCCAUUUUGAAAUUCCCCUAUGACUCAUGGGGCACCCCGUUCCAGCAGCUCAAACAGGUGGUGGACGAGCCGUCUCCGCAGCUGCCCGCCGACCGUUUCUCCCCAGAGUUUGUAGACUUCAUCUCCCAGUGCUUAAGAAAGAAACCAAAUGAAAGACCAGCUUAUACAGAAUUAAUGGAACACCCCUUUUUCACCCUGCAUGACUCCAAAGACACAGACGUGGCCAGUUUUGUCAAGGUCAUCCUGGAUGACUGAUGGGCUCCCGCUGGGGCUCCAGCCCAUCAGGGUAGGCGGGGACCUCUCAGCAAAACGAACCAAUGGCCUACCCCUGUUUUUCUUUUUUUUUUCUUUUUUUUGUUUUUUUCAAACUCACUGGAAUGACAGACUCUCAUGUACCCACACACAACAGGACGGAGGGGGGGGGGCGGGAGGGAAUGACCCAAAGACGGACAGCAGCCCAGCAGCACUGGAGUGGGAGAGUGGUGGUGAUAUGAACUUUGUACGGUCAAAAAAAAAAAAAACCCAACUGGAGAGGUUUGAUUCAGUCCUCCAAGCUUCCUGUGUGUGCAUUUAUUCAACACGGCAAAUAUGAACUGAAUCCGAUUGUGUUUUUUUUUUUUUUUUUUUGUCUUGUUCUUUUUCUGUUUUUUGCCCCACUGCCCCUUUUUAUCUCUCUCUUCAGAAAUGGACAGAGCCAGCCAUUACUUUGUUUGUGACACAUAUUGUAUGAGUACUUUGAAUUUCAUCUGCAAAAAAACCAACAGUUAAUGUGUAUGUUGUGUAUUGAAAGCUAUAUUUGCAUAUGUAUGUUUUUUUUUCUCAUUAUGCAGAGUUUUGAUACUGUAUAUCAAGUGUGAAUUUUUACCAGACGAGGGCCUUAUUUGUCAGAUCAGAUCGCGUCAGGUGAACACGCUCCACCUGGUUCUACCCUGAUGGGGAUCGGUCCAGCGCAGUCGGGGCUGCAGCUGUCGCCGGAGCCGUGGGAGGCUCCAGAGCCGAGACAAAAACACGUAAGAAAUGUCAAAGGUCACAUUCUGGACGGGGAGGAGUUGCGAGUCAUUCCUAGAUCUCUGAGGAAUGUGAAGCGUCCAGUAUCAUCGAUCCGAGCUGCAGCGACCCCCCCAUCCCUACUCUUCUUCUUUCUCGGGUAUUAAUGAGUCGGCGCCAGUGCUGCCGUCGUUCCUACCUGGAAGUAUUCAGGGGUUAAAUCAAGCUCACAGCUUUAUCUCUUUUCUGUGUGCCAUUUUGCAAAUCGUUCUCAUGAAUUACCGCAUUAAUUGUUUUUUUUCCCCUGUUUUUCUGGCCUGCAUUUUUUUGAUUUUGAUUACAGCAGCAUUUAAACUUAUUUUUUCUCACUCAGUCUACAUUUCUCAAUUCUCUUUUACAUACAAGCACUUAUGUUGUUUUUUUUUUACCCCCCCCCCCCCCAGAGUCCUUAUUAUGCAUUACACAGACAGUAUGUUAGGGAAGUAAUUUAUGUGUUGAGGUUGUAAAUACUAUCUCCUUUUUUUCUUUUUUUUUCAUUUUAAAUGUAACAUAGCACUGUCCCGACCUAGCAGUGCUGACGAGUGGUAGAGUGGUUGGUAAUAGUUAGUUUUAAUGCAGUGUGAUACACAAAUACACAAACACUUGUACUCACAGGGCCAGCUGACUAUCGUUCACCUAUUUUGGACUGAUGUGCCGUCAGGCUCCACCGCUCAGGUUUCUGCGCUCUCCUUCACGCGGGGCGACCCCAUUUUAUUUUUCCCUAGGUCGUACUCUCCUUGAGUGCUGGACUGAGAGCCUCUUUCACUCCGUGGUGGGCAGCCAUGAUCUCUCCUGUCUGACCAUACUAUGCAGAGCCCCUUAGCCUUGGACAUACAGCAAAAGGCCCCCUGCCAUGUGGCAGUUUCCCCAAGUGUUCAGAGACUGUGAUGAUGAUGAUGAUGGUGAUGAUGAUGAUGAUGGUGACGAUAGUGAUGAUGACUGCCGCGCCUCCUGUCUGUGGCCAGCACUCAUCGCCUCUCUGGUUUACACUGUAGUGCAACCUUUAUCAAAAAAGUCAGUGAGAGUCAGGAGUAUUUAUGAUUGUGAAUAAUAAGGGAAAGCUAGAAACACCACAAAGAAGCUGCUGUUAUUAGUUUUGUUUAGUUUUUUUUUUUCUUUCUUUCUUUUUUUUUUUUCUUUAAGCCGGCCUUCUUUGGAUGGCCAUUCCCUUGGUGUGUAAAAGUGAGUUUUUACGCUGAUCACAAUGAGAAUGGAACACUUGCUCUACCUCUUACUCCUUCACUCUAUUUGCCACCUUGUCAUUGGGUGGGACUGACAAACUUGAACUAUGGAAAGACAAAAAAAUAAAGGCUUUAUUGUUAAGUAUGUUCA